AUGGAAGGAAGGUGUCCGGUUACCCGCGCGGCUUUGACCGCGAUCGUCAUCGUCUGCUGGGCAAGUCUUACCAGCUGUUACAAGUUGGAGCUGGAAGAUGCGGUGAAGAAUGACAUGCGGAACCUGACCUGUGAGUCGUACUGCACCCACUGCAACUGUUCGGGAACCUUCCUGGAGCAGGAAAACAAGUGCGUUUGCAGCUGCGACGAUCAAACCCCAACGGAUCCCACCUGCCUGGCCGAAAUCGAAGGGAUGCGUGACCUAAUCGGGCUGAACUACGCAAUAGAGGUGCGACCAGAAGCUCCGGAACAACACGUGCGAGUUUCGCGGCAAACCAACAGUCGUCGUAGGACGCGGAACCGACGUCAGCGAACGGGGGCAAGGAGAUCGCGUGGCCGUAGACCGCCUCGAUCGCGGUCGCGACGUGGUCGCAGACCGGGAAGGCCGAAUCUGGUUGGAGCACCGGCACCGACGCCAGCGCCUGCAGAAGUGGUAGCGGCACCGGCACCAGUGCAGUGA